UAAUCGACAGACGAACACGAAAAAAGAGGUUAAUUUUAAAUUUUACCGAGGCAGAAUAAUUUUCAAGGUAUUAUAAGGUUCCAAGUUUAAGUCACUUUGAUGGUUACUUGUAUUACACACGAAACAUUUUGCUACCUAUAGUAAAUCUGCACCACAAAUUUAAAGCGCUAUGGAUGAAUUAAAGAAGGCUUUAAAACGUCAAGCAAGAAUACACAAUCAAAAUACAUCUUUUGUCAGCAUAUCGGCGUUAAAUGUGGGAAGAAGGUAUAGAAUACUCGACUUAUCCAAAGUUCAGUCAAAGUUCGGUCUACGUUUAUUGGUUUCAUUGGAAGGAGAUAAUAUGGUAUUGAAAACAUAUUUACCCAAAUCUAUAAAAUUGAAUGAUUCAUAUAUUAAUGAAUUUAAUAGUCGAGACAGAAAAACAAAUCUUUUUUUGAUUUACAAGGGAACUAGGACAAAUGGGUCGUACAACAUUGAUUUUGAGUAAUUCUAGCUAAUAUUGACUAUUAAGAUAAAUGAAAAUAUCGAUUUUUUUUUAAUUUUUUAAAUUAAAAAUACUGUUCUUACAGUUAUGA